GUGAGCUGGUGUUUCAGGAUGUGAGGGCCCACAGGAGCAGAGCCGGGCUUUCUCCGCCACCCGCCCGUUCUGCAAGCUCUGGCCGGUGCUACCCACUGUCCACAUGGUGGGCGCCCCCUGCAGCGGGGGCCGGUGAUCAGCGGCAGCAUGCCAGGGAAGCCCAAGCACCUGGGCGUCCCCAACGGGCGCAUGGUUCUGGCUGUCUCAGAUGGAGAGCUGAGCAGCGUGGCGGACUCCCAGGACCAGGGCCGAGGCAGCUCCCUCAGCAUACACAGCCUCCCCAGUGGCCCCAGCAGCCCCUUCCCCACCGAGGAGCAGUCUGUGGCAGGCUGGGCCUUGUCCUUCGAGCGGCUGCUGCAGGACCCGCUGGGCUUGGCUUACUUCACUGAGUUUCUGAAAAAGGAGUUCAGCGCCGAGAACGUGACUUUCUGGAAGGCCUGCGAGCGCUUCCAACAGAUCCCGGCCAGCGACACCCAGCAGCUAGCUCAGGAGGCCCGCAACAUCUACGAGGAGUUCCUGUCCAGCCAGGCGCUGAGCCCGGUGAACAUCGAUCGGCAGGCCUGGCUCGGCGAGGAGGUGCUGGCCCAGCCCCGGCCGGACAUGUUCCGGGCGCCACAGCUCCAGAUCUUCAACUUAAUGAAGUUCGACAGCUACGCGCGCUUCGUCAAGUCCCCGAUAUACCGCGAGUGCCUCCUGGCCGAGGCCGAGGGGCGCCCUCUGCGGGAACCUGGCUCCUCAUGCCUCGGCAGCCCCGACGCUACCAGGAAGAAGCCGAAGCUGAAGCCCGGGAAGUCGCUGCCUCUGGGCGUGGAAGAGUUGGGGCAGCUGCCGCCAGCGGAGGGUCCUGGGGGCCUUCCGCUUCGCAAGUCCUUCCGCAGGGAGCUGGCAAGCGGGGCCGCAAACUUGCGCCGCGAGUCUCAGGGUUCCCUAAACUCCUCCGCCAGUCUGGACCUCGGCUUCCUCGCCUUCGUCAGCAGCAAAUCUGAGAACCAAAGCCACCGGAAGAGCCUUGGGAGUGCAGAGGGUGAGAGUGAAAACCGGCCAGGGAAGUACUGCUGCGUGUACUUGCCUGAUGGCACAGCCUCCCUGGCCUUGGCCCGACCUGGCCUCACCAUCCGUGACAUGCUGGCAAGCAUCUGUGAGAAACGAGGGCUCUCUCUACCUGAUAUCAAGGUCUACCUGGUGGGCAAAGAGCAGAAGGCCCUGGUCCUGGAUCAGGACUGCACCGUGCUGGCGGAUCAGGAAGUGCGGCUGGAGAACAGGAUCACUUUCGAGCUGGAGUUGGCUGCGCUGGAUCGUGUGGUGCGGAUCUCAGCCAAGCCCACCAAGAGGCUGCAGGAGGCACUGCAGCCCAUCCUGGCGAAGCACGGCUUGAGUCCACAGCAGGUGACGCUGCACCGGCCAGGCGAGAAGCAACCGCUGGAUCUGGAGAAGCUAGUGAGCUCGGUGGUGGCCCAGAGACUGGUUUUGGACACUCUCCCAGGUACUAAGAUCCCCGACGCUGGCAACCUGUCCCCCCGCCGCAGCCAGGGCGGCCCGCCCAGGACCCAGGACAAGGCCGCCUACUCCCAUCCACUACCCCCCAACUCGCUGGCCGAGCUGCCUGGUAGUGCCGCUGGGAAGCGGCAGACCUGUGACAUUGAAGGCCUGGUAGAGCUGCUGAACCGGGUGCAGAGCAGCGGGGCCCACGACCAGAGGGGCCUUCUGCGCAAAGAGGACCUGGUGCUUCCAGAAUUUCUGCAGCUGCCCACCCAAGGGCCCAGCGCCCAGGAAGCUCCACCACAGACUGAAUCAGUGGCCCAGCCCAGGGGCAGUCACUUGGACUCCACUGGCCGUCCAGCUCUCUGACAGCUGCCCAACAGACCAAGCCGGCUGCAUGGCGCCUGCGGGCCAAGCAUGCCAUGGGUCCGCUCUGCAUGCUCUGUCUGUGCCAUGAGUGUCCCUGGCCCCUUCUUCCAUGGGCAGGCCCACAGGAAGAGUGGGGAGGGGUGGAGAGGGGGCUCAGGGGAGCCACAUCCCACUGCUACUACCACCUGACCCCUCACAAGCUCACCCACUCUCCCCUUGCAGCCAGGUCCCUGGGGGGAGGUGGGCCCAACCCAGAGGGGUGGAGUUGGCAGUACCAGCCUCCCUACUCUGUGCCAGGGCUCAGUUGGGGGCAGGAGGAGGGGCUGGGCCCCUCCUCAGGGAGCUGGUAUGAGUCAGGCCUGAGGAUGCAGGUGGGCAGCCUCUCCCUCCACUGACACAGACCAGACCGUACAUACGGAUUUUGCAGUUGGCGUUGGGGCAGCUGGGUAUGUCCUGGAUGUAUGAUAUUGUUAUUAUAAUAAUUAUUAUUAUUCAGCUAUCAGGUGUGUUCCUUGUGUGCCAGUCUGCCCUGUAUACCCCCCAUCCCCCACAAACCACACCGCCUCUGUCACCAAGGUCAGUGCCAGGAAGCUCUUGGUGACCUCAGGAUGUGCCUCCUGACUUCCUGUUGUCAGAAGCUCUGUUCUUGACUGCCUGGAGUAUCGAGUGUGUGUGAGAGAGAGAGAGAGACAGCAAGAGCGAGGGGAGAACCCUCUGGGGAGCCGUCUCUGCCAGGCGGGGUGCUGUUCUGCAGCCUCUGUGGGUCUUCAUACACCAUUCUGGCCAUUGUCCUCUGCUUCUGUUUGGACCUGCGGUUGGGGACUGAGUGUCUCAAGCUUGACUGGUGGCCCCUUUGCAUGCAUCGGAAGCCCUGUGCGGGAGACUCUGGCUGUUGAUGGGGUCAGGGGGCAGAUUCUGACUCUUAUCUGCUUUGGCUGGGAGAUUUUUCCUGUCCCAGGCAGCCAGGCAAGCUCCAACCCCCCACAGGGAGAGGGAGCAGGGAGGACCUCCCAGAAGGAGGGUCCCAGCCUAUGAGGAGGGAAGCCAGACUUAGGCAGCCCUGGCCCGGAGAGGUAAGUGCUGCAACAGAGGAAGCAAGGAGACAUGGGCACCUGAGAAGGCACUCGAGGGUGAGGGGAUCUCCUAACACCUUGUGGUGGAUCUCUCUUCCCUACUCCAGGUCUGUUCCCUCUGAAAUGCCCCCACCUGCCCUGUAUAGUGUCAUUGGUUCCCUGUCAUCCCUGGAAUCCACGGGAGGAAACAGUGGCUUUUGCUGGACCACAACUCCUUUCUCUAGAGUAGAAGCCAAGCCUGUUUUGGGGAGCUUCAGCCCUCUGACCCCCUCAGGCCAUUUUCUUUGGCUAGGUUGACCUGACUCCUUGGCUGCUAGGGUGGGCUCAUGAUCCAGGCCUGGCCAAUCAGAGUACUCUCUUCCCCUGGCUACAGUUUAGUUCAGGGGUAAAUUGCCCUCUGACCCAAGUUGUCCCAAGCAGAAUCCCAAUCCUGGUCAUUUUCUACCAUCUCUUGGUGAUAGCGAGUUUAUAGAAAGGCCUCUGUGGAAAGAACCUGAGUAUGAAUGGAGCUAACAUGGGAAAGGAGAACCGAAAGACAGAGAUUUCAGACAAUAUUAUUUGAACACCUGGAUUCAGUCAUUCAACAACAGCUAGACUUUCUCAUUAAGCAAGCCAAUAAAUUCUUUGUGUAUGUAUGUGCAUUUGUUACUGUGAGUCAGACCAGAUUUCCAAGACCUGCAACCACAAAAACCACCAGUUGUCAUUGAGCUGACUCCAACUCGUGAUGACCCCAUCUGUGUCAGGUAGAACUGUGCUCCAUAGGGUUUUCAAUAGCUAAUUUUUUUUGGAAAUAGGUUGCCAGGCUUUUCUUCUGAGGCAUCUCUGGGUAGAAGUGAGCCUCCAACUUUUCAGUUAGCAGCUGAACGAGUUGACUGUUUGCACCACCCAGGGACUCCCAAAACCACAAAAUCUUGCUUUAUCGAAGAUCUCAGUUUGAAUAGCUCAGAGGAGACUUCCCAGUCACCCUAUAGAAAGUAUACCCCACCUUGGUUCUCUAUCACCCUGUCCUGUUUUCUUCCUGUGCAGCACUGAUCACACUCUGUGGUUAUCUUGUUGACUUAUUUUAUAUGAAUUUGCUGACAGUGGGAUGUGAGUGCCCUGGUGUCCCCUUGGCCUAGUAGGCUGACAAAUGAUAUCACAGCCUCAGACAGUCUCAGCAGAGGAUGCAGGGACAGCAGGCAGUGCCAGCCCUGGGCAGGGAACAGCUCAGCACCAGACUCACAGUCUGUGACCAGGGGCUGGGGAGAUUAGCCCAUGUCCCGGCCCCCACCAGCUGCAGAACCUCCCUCAAACUUCCUGGGACCUGGAGCUUCUUCCUUGUGGGAGGGGACAUCUGCCCCCGUGCACCCCAGGAUAGAGAUGAGAUGUCUCCCCUAAAGUCCGUAGGUCCUGUAGGUCAGACCCACCCUUCACCCAACCCUGUACCUCUGCAGAUCCAGUCAUGAUGCCUGUUACUCUUAGGGGUCCCCUCCCCCAUGUGGGAGUGGGGUCAUGGGCCAGGUGAAAGAGCUCCCACAGAGGUCAGCACCUGUAGGGGGUGCAGCUCAGAUUUACUGAGGCCCCUAAGUUAGACAUCCUCCAUCCUUCAUCUUAUCAUCCUCGCCACAAAACAGCCCUGGGUGGAUGAAACCAAGGCCGCGGGAGGGGAAGCGACCAGCCCAGGAUCCUGUAAGGAAUUGUUGCAGGAACUGCCCAGCACUCAGGGCUGUCAGACUGCAGGACACACACCAGGGAGGGCACAAUGCUGCAGAAACCCCUGACAGAGCCAGUUGCCUCUCAUGGGAGGGUACAUUGAUUGCUAUGGCUACUCUGAGGGGUGGCUUGGGAGUUUCUGUAAAAUUAAAAACGCACAGCUUGUGACCCCAGCAGUGCUCCUGAAGAAUCACUCCCUCCCAGGAGCAAGGAGGCCCAUCCCUGCAGCAUUGCCUGUAACCCCAAAACUGGCAAACACCCAAAUGUGGGCAGGGCAGUGGGGAGGGGGGCAGAUAACAAAACACACUUUGGCAUCUCCAUGCUCUGGAGUACCACACUACAGAUAAAGAAUUGGGUAUGGUAUGCCCUGAUGGGAGAGUUCCCCAAGACAUGUUAUUGUUCAGUGAAAUAAAGCCAAACAAUGCGUAUAGCAUGAUACUGUUAUAUAAAACACACAAACAGGCACUUACAAGUGUACAGAAAGGAGAAAGAAUGUUCUAGAAGGAUACACACCAAGCUGACAAUAGUGGUUAUUUCUGGGAGAUGGGGAGGGGACCCGAAUUGGGGGUAGUGGUCAAAGAAGACUUUAGCCUUUAAUUUUUUUACAGAAUGCAAUUAAAAAUAGUAAUAAUAAGUGGACUGGACAAUGGGUUGGAGAGGGAUGCUGGUGAGGCGUGAGCUUCUUGGGUCAGGUGGACACUUGAGACUAUGUUGGCAUUUCCUGCCUGAAGGGGAGAUGAGAGGGUGGAGGGGGUUAGAAGCUGUCGAAAUGGACACGAAAAGAUAGAGUGGAAGGAGAGAGUGGGCUGUCUCAUUAGGGGGAAAGUAAUUGGGAGUGUGUAGCAAGGUGUAUAUGGGUUUUUGUGUGAGAGACUGACUUGAUUUGUAAACUUUCACUUAAAGCACAAUAAAAAUUAUUAAAAAAAAAUAGUAAUAAUAAGGACCUUUCUUUGUCACUACA